GUGGUGUAAAAGAUAGUUCCAGAAGCAUACCGUCGGCAAGGUGGACGUCAUCUACUCGUAGUGACCGUGAGGAUUACUAGAACUCAUUUAGGAGAAAUUAUUUGUAACUGCUUGCUUGGUUCAGUAAUAGUAUACCACACCCGUGUUUAUAAAUUAAGGAAAAUGUUAAACGUAGCAAAAACAGUUUCACGAAACCUUUCUCCAAGCUGCGUCCGAGGUGUACCCUCUUUUGUGAAAAAGGCUUGCUGGAAUAGGUUGACGGAAUAUGCCAUUCAGACUGCAUCCAGACGUGAAUAUGCUUCAGAAGCAAUCAAAGGAGCAGUGAUUGGAAUUGACCUGGGGACCACAAAUUCUUGUGUGGCUGUCAUGGAUGGUAAACAAGCAAAGGUGCUUGAAAAUGCAGAAGGUGCAAGGACAACUCCAUCAGUUGUAGCCUUCACAGCUGAAGGGGAGAGACUGGUGGGUAUGCCAGCCAAAAGGCAAGCUGUGACUAAUCCAAACAACACACUCUACGCAACCAAGCGCCUGAUUGGGAGACGCUUUGAUGACCGAGAAGUACAGAAAGAUUUAAAGAAUGUUCCAUAUAAGAUAGUACGUGCAUCCAAUGGAGAUGCCUGGAUAGAGGCCCAUGGAAAGCUGUACUCCCCUAGCCAGGCUGGGGCCUUUAUUCUGAUGAAGAUGAAAGAGACUGCAGAGAAUUAUUUGGGCCAUACAGUGAAGAAUGCUGUUGUGACUGUACCAGCCUAUUUUAAUGAUUCUCAGAGACAGGCAACCAAAGAUGCUGGCCAGAUUGCAGGUCUAAAUGUGCUCAGAGUAAUCAAUGAACCUACAGCAGCUGCUCUGGCAUAUGGACUUGAUAAGACUCAGGACAAGGUUAUUGCAGUGUAUGAUCUCGGAGGAGGCACAUUCGAUAUCUCAGUCUUGGAGAUCCAGAAAGGAGUUUUUGAAGUGAAAUCUACCAAUGGUGACACAUUCUUAGGUGGUGAAGAUUUCGAUCAGUAUCUGCUAAAUCAUAUAGUGAAAGAGUUCAAGAGAGAGUCAGGUGUGGAUCUAACCAAAGACAACAUGGCAUUGCAGAGAUUGAGAGAGGCAGCUGAGAAGGCCAAAUGUGAACUUUCUUCUUCUCUGCAGACUGACAUCAACCUGCCUUACCUAACGAUGGACAGCUCUGGUCCCAAACACUUGAACAUGAAGCUUACCCGUGCCCAGUUUGAGGGAAUUGUGGGAGAUCUAAUUAAAAGGACUGUGGCCCCAUGUCAGAAGGCCAUGCAAGAUGCUGAUGUUUCUAAGAGUGACAUUGGAGAAGUCCUGCUGGUUGGAGGAAUGACUCGUAUGCCAAAGGUUCAGCAAACAGUACAGGAUCUGUUUGGCAGGGCCCCUAGUAAAUCUGUUAACCCAGAUGAAGCUGUGGCUAUUGGGGCAGCCAUCCAAGGGGGUGUAUUGGCUGGAGACGUGACAGAUGUGCUCCUGCUGGAUGUCACUCCCCUCUCUUUGGGAAUUGAGACUCUGGGAGGAGUGUUCACCAAACUUAUAAACCGCAAUACAACCAUUCCCACCAAAAAAAGCCAGGUGUUUUCUACUGCUGCUGAUGGGCAAACACAAGUAGAAAUUAAAGUUUGCCAAGGUGAGCGUGAAAUGGCAGUGGAUAAUAAGCUCCUUGGACAGUUCACACUGGUUGGCAUCCCUCCUGCUCCACGUGGUGUCCCACAGAUUGAAGUUACCUUUGAUAUUGAUGCCAAUGGAAUUGUACACGUUUCUGCUAAAGACAAAGGCACUGGACGUGAACAGCAAAUUGUCAUCCAGUCCUCUGGUGGUCUCAGUAAAGAUGACAUUGAGAACAUGAUUAAAAAUGCUGAAAAGUAUGCAGAGGAGGACAGAAAGAGGAAGGAUCGUGUUGAGGCUGUUAAUAUGGCUGAAGGCAUUGUCCAUGAUACUGAGUCAAAGAUGGAGGAAUUUAAGGACCAGCUACCCACUGAGGAGUGCAAGAAGCUUCAGGAUGAGAUCACUAAAGUGAGAGAUCUACUUUCACGAAAGGACCUUGAGACUGGUGAAAACAUCAAACAGGCUGCCACAGGUCUACAGCAAGCAUCUCUGAAGCUCUUUGAGAUGGCUUAUAAGAAGAUGGCAUCAGAGAGAGAAGGCAGCACAGGCAGUUCAAGCGGAAUGGAGACAGGAGAGAAAAAGGAGGGACAACAGUAGGGCCACCAAAGUGAAGGUUAUCCUGGGACUGAAAUACUUGGAAAUGUAAACAGUCUUGAACAAGACUGACAUCUUAGUCUCCAUUUAUUCUUACAUACUGCUUUAUCACAGUAUCAUACAUUUGUUAUUGUAUUACCAUCCUUCUGAAAUUAAUUUCAUAUGUGUCCUUUUCAAGUUACAAUGAUCUAAUUAUUGUUAUUGUAAUUUUUCUGCAGUCUGUUACUGCUUUUGUGACCUUUAUAUUAAAAUUUGUAAAUGAAUGUUUUCCCCCUCAUUCGCAUCAAAGUGUACGUAGGAGUGCUUUUUUUGUUUUUUUUUUUUUUUUUUUUGUUUUUUUUUUUUUAAAUAAAGGAUUUAUCCAUGAGGUGAAAUUAAGGAGUCCUGUUUUCUGGGUUUUUUCCCAUUUUUGAAUUGGUGCCAUCUGAAUGAAAACUCUAUUAAAUGUAUGAAAACUAAAUGCACUCUUACAAAUUAGGCACUUCCUAUGUUGCCAAUUCAACUCAAGCAUAAGAUAAAAUAAAAACAAAAUAUGCUCUGA